AUGUCUUCAGUUUUAAGUUCUUUUUUCUCUAGAGAUCCGCGCACAUCAUUUCCCUAUUCACUUCCUACCGAGACUUUUACAGUUCUUACACAAGAACAAAUAAAUGUUGGCAAAAGUUUAAAAAAGUCAGAACCUCAAGAAAAGGCAACCUGUUUUUGGACUUUAAAUGCAAAUUCGACUUCACUUAAAAUUCAAGCUCAAAAAUUAAAAACUCUGAGGCAUCCUAAUGUGCUAGCUUAUUUGGAUUCUUUGGAGGUUGAAGGCUCAUUCUAUUUAAUUACCGAACCCUGCCGGCCUCUUGCCUAUUAUUUAUCAGAAACUAAAUUGACCUCUACACAAUUAGAGUUGGUUGUAUCUUGGGGAUUAUAUCAAGUUUUGAAUUGCCUUAAAUUUUUACAUAAUGAAGCCAAAUUGUCUCAAAAUAAUAUGCGAAAUGCUAUUUUUGUUACUUCCUCCGGUGAUUGGAAAUUGGCUGCUUUUCAAAGUUCAGGCAGUUUAAGCUCUCCCCAAGUCGAUUUAAACGACCUAGCCUCAGUUGUUCUUCAAAUAUUUACUAAAAAUGAUUCUUUGGAUAUUUCUUCCCCUGCUGCUCUUUCAAAAAUACCUAAAAGAAUACAUCCUUUAUAUAAAAGACUAUGUGCAAAAUUGCGAGCUGUGAUGACUGUUGGGGAUAUUUUGAAUGAAUGUAGAGCAAAUGGUGGCUUUAUGAAAAAUAAAUUUGUCGAUACUUUAUUGUUUCUGGAUGAAUUUCAGCUUCGAGAAGCACCAGAAAAACAAUCUUUUUUUGUUCGUUUAAAUACAAAUUUGGAACUUUUUCCUGAAGAUAUUGCAAGGAAUAAAAUUUUGCCGAAACUUAUUCAUACUUAUGAGUACGGAGAUGCUGGUGCGCAUAUUCUUCUUCCAAUGUUUAAACUUGGCAAAUUACUUGAUGAAGAUGAGUAUCAACAACGAAUAGUUCCUUGCCUAGUGAAACUGUUUAGUUCUUCUGAUCGUACUACUCGGGUCAAAUUACUAGAAAAAAUAGACGAGUUUUCCAGUCGCUUAAAACCUCAGGUUGUCAAUGAGAAAAUUUAUCCUAAUUUAAUUACCGGUUUUCUCGAUUCCAAUUCAGCUGUUCGUGAAAGCACAGUUAAAGCUAUUGUUUCUUUUGCAGAUAAAUUGAAUUAUAAUAAUUUAAAUAAUGAUUUGAUGAAAUAUUUGGCUAAAUUACAAGGAUCAGAUCCAGAACCUAGCAUUAGAACAAAUACAACAAUCUGUCUCGGCAAGAUUGGUUGUUUUAUCGAUGCCAGUCAUCGCCAAAGAAUUUUAAUUUCUGCUUUUACACGUGCCUUAAAAGAUCCAUUUCCUCCUGCAAGAUUGUCUGGUGUUAUUGCCUUAAGUGCUACACAACAAUAUUUUUCUUUAAAUGAAGUAGCUCAAAAAGUUUUGCCAAAUUUAAGUCCUUUGGCUGUUGACCCUGAAAAACAGGUUCGAGAUCAAACAUUCAAAGCUCUAAGCGGCUUCCUCGAAAAACUCCAAAAAGCAAGUGAUAACCCAGAACUUAUUGCUGAAAUGGAAGCACAAGUUAAAGCCGGCGGAAAAGUUGGGUUGCUUAGUGGAGAUAAGGUCCCUCAUUGGGCUGGUUGGGCAAUUAAAGCAAUUUCUGGUAAAUUUUAUAAGUCUACUACAACAACACCCGAGACGACAACUCCAACUGAACAACAAAAUGUUCGAGAAGCAUCUUCUACUAAAAUUGAAAAUGAGAAGAAUAUAUCCAAAGGAAGUGUGGUUAAUAAAAUGGAGGUUAAAAAGGAGGUUACCCAAAAUAUUAAUAAAAAUUCUGCUGCAAUUUCUGAUGGUUGGGGAGAUGAAGAAUUAUCAGAAAAUGAAGUGGAGGAAGAAGAGGAAAAUAUAAAAAAUAUUGGCAAAAUUAAUAAAAAUACUAGAAAUAUUAGUAAUGAGGACGAUGAUUGGGGUAAUAGUGGUGGGGGAACUUGUGCUAUUGAUGCCGAUAGUUGGGAAUCUAUUAAUGAUGAAGAGGCAACCUUAACAUCAAAUAUUAAAUCUUCAUUGGAAAUUAAAUCUGCUACUUCUUCUAAAAAACCAAGCCCACCAAUAACUGAAGGAACAACCACAGCCUCAUCAACAGGAGGAAAAGCAUUAAAACUUGGAGCAGUUAAAAUGACUCAUCGCCAAACACAACAACAAAAAGAUGUCGACCUUUUAUUAUUUGGAGAAGAAGAAGAAGAAUAUCAUCAACAACAAAAAAUACAGCAACACCAACAACAACAACCUAAAAAGCCUUCAAUAACAAAAUCCUCAAUAACUUCAAGUAGUAAUAAUAGUAAUUAUGGGGAUGAACAUGAAGAUGAUUCAAAUUCAAAUUUUGGAGGGGGAGGAGGUAAUUUUGCUUCAACAAUAUUAGCUAGACAAAAAUCACCUACAAUUCCGACUGAAAAAUGGAAGAAAAAUGAAGUUGAAAAAUCAAAAACAACAAAAAUAGAUACGACAGAUUGGCAAAGUUGGUAA